AUGUUGAUCAAGGAGUCUCACGUCGACGUCCCCACCUCUGCCAAUGGCAAGGACAGCACUAUGCGAAUCUUUGUCUUUCAUCCAACAAUUCCCGGAUACCCUAAUGCACGCUUUCCAGGUGUAUGCCUCUUUAGCGAGAUUUACCAAGUAACCGGUCCCGUCGCCCGUUUUGCCCGCCAAAUCGCUGGCCAGGGCUACAUUGUCGCUGCCCCUUCUUCCUACCACGACUUCACCGGUCCGGAGCCCCUCAAGUACGACGUUGAAGACACGGACCGUGGCAACAAGUUCAAGAUUGAAAAGACCCUCGAGUCCUACGAUGCCGACUCGUACGCCACUGUUGACCAUCUUCUCUCCCUCCCAACCUGCACCGGUCUCAUUGGAGCUACGGGAAUGUGCCUUGGCGGCCACCUCGCCGUCCGGGCUGCUCUCGAUCCUCGCAUCACUGCUUGCGUUUCCUACUUCGCCACAGACAUCCAUUCCCGCACCCUUGGUCCCUAUGACGCCCCCAACACCUCUUCCACUGCACCCGAAAACAGUAAUCACACCCUGGACCUUUUCAACAACUUCAAGGGCGAGGUUGCCAUGAUCUUUGGUGUCAAGGAUACACACGUCCCCGAUGCCGGGCGUGACCUCAUCCGCGCCAAGCUGCGCGAGGCCGGCGUCGUUACCAGCUUCUACGAGUUCGCCUGGGCCCAGCAUGCCUUCAUCCGUGAUGAACUCAGCAAGGGCCGCUACGACCCAGCCAUCACCAAGAUCUGCUUCGAGGUCUUGCUUGAACUCUUUGGCCGUGUCCUGAAGACGGAUCUGGGAGCCAAGGACGGCAACGUGCCCCCUCCCGAGCAUGUCUGUUAA